GUUCGAAAACCUAGUGCAAAUCUAUAUUAGGUGAAAUAACCCAUUUCUGCCUAUUUUCGCGUAAAAUUAGAAAAUUCAUAACUUACUCAAAACUGAUCCAGGCUACCUCAGAAUAUCAAGAUGCACUCAAUUUUAUCUGCUCAAUGAAAUUUUAUAAGUGAGAGUGGUAUAAAAUAUUCUCUUACUUCGGACGAUUUCUAGAAAACCUUUUGAAAAACCCAAGUAUUUUAUGUUGGUCUAUAAAAGUUCUAUCGAACUUCAUGACAUGUUGCAGAUAAAAUCGAGUAUAUCUUGAUAUUCUGAGGUAGCCUGGAUCAGUUUUGAGUAAGUUAUGAAUUUUCUAAUUUUACGCGAAAAUAGGCAGAAAUGGGUUAUUUCACCUAAUAUAGAUUUGCACUAGGUUUUCGAACUUUUUCGAAAAACAAAUGCUGCCACAAGACUCAGCUGGUUGAUAACCUAUGUUUCCACGCGUUUUCAAAUUUUCUAAAUAUUAAGAAAAUUCGGUUCUGAGGUGUCUCAGGAAAAGUCCGUUCCUGUCUGAACGAUCGAAGAUGGAACUGUCGGGUUUUGACAGAUAUGUAGACUAGAUAUCGCUCUAUGUUAGGCGUAUUUUCAAACAUUAGACUUGUAUGAAAGUUAGGGACCGGCAAUCUUACCUUUGGAACAUCGAUCAGGUACACCAUGGUAGACCUCAUUGGUAGAAUUGUUUUACACAUAGAAAGAUGCUGUCAGAUCCUGGCUACAAGACACUGGAAGCCGCAGCUCUUCAUCUUGUUCCGUCAAAAAGUUAUAAAGAAAUGAUCGUGGUCGCUGCUCAUUUGGACAGAUAAUAGUAAAAGUUUUCGCGACUUCUUUUUUGAAAUUGUAGGAACGGUCCUUCAAUGCGCUAAAGUACUCAAAGCGAAAACACCUCAGUUUUUAUGGCAUGUUUUUGUUAAACGUAAACAAAGUGAUUAUUUCGAAGACAUAAAAGAAAAUUUAGGUGACAAAACAGUUGUUUGCCAGGUUGAUUAUGCAGAAAAUUUUACUUUGGACACACAAAAUCAAAUUCAAGCAGCUCAUUGGGCAAAGAGACAGGUCUCGGUCUUUACAGCGUACACGUGGAUGGGCGGCAGCGGUGGUGAUGGUCAUUCUUUUGGUCUGGUCUCAAAUUCAACAACACAUGAUAAAUACACAGUAAUUACCUGUUUAGAGCUUUUAAUUGAUGAAAUAGUUGAUAGAAUGCCGGAUGUUGGUGAAAUCAUUUUUUUUUCUGAUGGUGCUGCUAGUCAGUUUAAAAAUCGUUAUCUUCUUCAACAUUUAACAACAAUGAUGGACAAAACUGACUUAGAUUUAAGCUGGAACUACUUCGCUUCGUCACACGGAAAAGGUAUCGUCGAUGGAAUCGGUGGUACCUUAAAACGACUUGUAUGGAUGGAAAUUUUGGCUGGAAAACGAUGUGCGUCUGCUCAGGAUUUCGUUGACAUCUGUAAAAAAAAGUCAAAAGUAAUUAGCACUGAACUUGUUAGACAAGUACAAUUCGAUGUAACUAGAAUGACACUUAAAGAAACAUUUGAAAAAACAACUGCGUUACCAAGAAUU